AUGAACAGCGACCUUGUCGGCGAAAAGUGCGAGUUCAAGGUAUAUCGCCAUAAUACAAAGAAAGACGGUAAAAGAGCUGUCGAGGUCCUUUCAAAGCCGUUUGAGAGUCAGACUCUCGACGAACAGGACAGCCCGUAUGCUCUUGUCAUUAAUCGCUACUUUAGCGAGAAGAGCGAGAUUGAGAAGACCACGCUGAAUAUCAAUUCAAGCUGGCUUGUCAGGGUGUUUCGCGAAGUAAUUGGGUCCUACCCGACGGUCCCUGCGGACUUUCAGUCGCCCUUCCAGCUUGAAAGUCCAUUUCAAAUACUACUCCACCAUUGGGAAGAUCUGGAUCGGCGCCGCCAGACUACCCAGAAUGCCGAGGAACGUAUGCAUCUGAAUCUGUUUUUCGAUUUCUUGAACAAUGAGCUUGGAUCCGAGAGAGAGCGACUUCUCGGCAUGAUGCGGAAGAAUCAAAUCACAUUCAAAACAGCAUGGUCUAUCUUCCGUCCAGGCGACCUGGUCUAUACCUCAUUCAUGGGCCAUCCCUGGCUAUUGAGAUGCCAGAAAACAGCCUAUGAGGAGAAUGUGAAAAGGGGCCCCUAUCUGGAGGUCCAUUGCAUUUUCUGCGAUCAGAAUGGUACCAUAGAAGGACAAGCUAAAAAGGUCUUUAAAAUAUACCAGAAAGAGAGCUUUGGAGCCGAAAAUCCCGCGACCAUUACCGAGCUUCCAGUCUACGGGCGGAAGUUUGUUCAGGGACAUGAAGGAUUAGAAGAACGACUUAUUAAACGCGGUCGGAAAUUCUUGUCACUGAAGGGAAUGUCGGUCAAAGCAUACGAUGGGCCGUCCAAAUACCUCAAAGAGCCAUAUCACCGUCUCUAUGACCCAGGCAUGGCUGACUGGCCCGGAGUUUGGCUGCCGUACACUGAGCUAGGAAGAGUUGUUGUGGACCGCAAGACUUUUCAACAGGAGCAGAUCUCGAAUGCGGUCAGUGUGCAGGCACAAGAAGUAGACCCAAUGCUCUGUCCACCUUAUGAAUAUGGCUUUUCUUUGGCUCGAAAGGAAUGGGCGAAGCUCUUGGUUGAUUGCCUUGACGAGAUCAACUGGACCGAGAAUAUCUGGGAUUCCUUGAUUGUUGGUGAUCGCCAGAAAUUGGUGCUUCAGUCAUUAGUGUCUUCCCAUUCCUACCCUGAUGAUGCCCGCGAUCAAAUGCGUCAGAAGGGCAAGGGUCUAGUUGUUCUACUCUACGGUACUCCAGGAUCUGGCAAGACAUUGACGGCAGAGACCGCAGCCGAAGGUACCAGAAAGGCCCUCGUAAUGACUUCUCUUGGAGAGCUUAACAAGGAAGACAGUGCCUGGGCCUUUGAAACCCGUUUGAGGCUCCUUUUGAGAUAUGCCACCUUAUGGAAAGCUGUUGUACUGAUGGAUGAGGCCGACGUAUUCCUUGAAGCCAGAGAUGAUCACGGUGAUAGCAACACGCGAAACGCACUUGUAGCUGUUUUCUUGAAAGAGCUUGAGUAUUUCAGUGGAAUCGUAUUCCUUACAACUAACAGGAUCAAAUCAUUUGACCGAGCUAUGAAAUCUCGGAUUCACCUUGCUCUCGAGUAUACGCCACCCGGUAUUGAGAUCCGCCAGCAACUUUGGGAGCAGAUUCUGAGAUCAAUCCCCCGUGAGGAAAUUGAUAUUGAGCCCGAGGACGCCAUUGAUAACUUUGUGGCAGCCAAAAUCAAUGGCAGAGAAAUUUCUAAUGCAGUGAACACUGCGCGAACAAUUGCUCGAUUUGAGCAUAAGCCUCUCCAGCUGAAGCAUAUUGAGCUGGUACUUGGUGUCUGGAAAGAAUUCGAUGACAGCUUAAAGGCGGCUGCCAAGAAGUCUGGUCCGUCGGAGCAGGGUGGCCGUCUUAUUGAUCGAACAAAUUCCAUUGUUGAAGAGGACAUGAAUGGCUUCAGCUCUUAGGUGAUAGGGCAUGAUUAGGCCUUCGAUAGAUAGAUGACCGUGACACAAAUAAACAUGG